AUCUGAUAACGUCCGCAAGUUGUGAUUUCUAUAAAAGAACUUACUCGAUCCGUUCACUGACACCCAUUGUCAAUCACUCAAGAUGUCACAACGUCCAGCUUUUACGAAAUGGCUGUGGUGCCUGUUUGCCGUCUACGCAGGACCAGGCUGGGGCAGAGCCGUGUCCGUUCGGACCCCACCUAAGAACCCUACAACAAUCGAGGCUCAGGCGAAAUUCUUUCAGGAUUUUUUCUCAGUACAGUUGAGUCCGUACAAGAUAGAGUUCGGGCACGUGUGCGAGGACCCCGACACGUGGGAGCAGCGAUACGAGAAGAAGGACUUUAAGAACCACAGGGAUAUGGGCAAAGUACGUUGGGGUGACAAACAUGGGGGAUACGGAGAGCAUUACUGGGACUUGAACCAUGCCGGUCACGCCGCUAACCAUGGCAAUGACGAAUAUGAUGGUUCAGAUAAUGAUGGUUCAUAUAAUCACGAAUUAGAUCAUGACCAUGAUGAACAUGAUACAUAUGAUGAACCUAGUGAACAACAACCCACGUAUAAUACAGAAGAAUACGAUCCAGAGCAAGCAGCGAAAUAUGAUGAAAGCGCCAGAGCUAAACGAGCUCACCCUAGAAUCAAAACUGAAAAAAGUUUUGUAAGGCAAGAAGAGAGUGACGAAGAAUCACCAAAAAAGAAGUAUCAGCGAAAAAUCAAACAACGGCAAGCUCCUCAAGAAGAAUCAGUAAAAGAAGCUGAACAAAAUCAACAACCUAAACGUAAAAGAAGGCAAAGAAGACCAGAAAACGAAGAAGAUAACGAAACAAAACAGGCUGCUCUUAAUCAAAAGGAAGAACAGAAGCAAGAACCGCAGUAUUAUGUCAAAGAUAAUGAGGAACAAAGUCAAUCAGAAAAGGAGCCACAGUAUUACGUAAAAGAUAAAAAUGAGGAAAGAAAUGAACAACAACCACAGUACUACGUGAAGAAUAAAAAUGAGGAACAAAAUCAACAACAACCACAGUAUUAUGUGAAGAAUAAAAAUGAGGAACAAAAUCAACAACAACCACAGUAUUACGUGAAGAAUAAAAAUGAGGAACAAAAUCAACAACAACCACAGUAUUACGUGAAGAAUAAAAAUGAGGAACAAAAUCAACAACAACCACAGUAUUACGUGAAGAAUAAAAAUGAGGAACAAAAUCAACAACAACCACAGUAUUACGUGAAGAAUAAAAAUGAGGAACAAAAUCAACAACAACCACAGUAUUACGUGAAGAAUAAAAAUGAGGAACAAAAAGAACAGCAACCACAGUAUUACAUGAAAAGGACAGAAAACCAAUUUGUUCCGUACGAACAAGGUGCAGGAGUGAGACAGCAUCAGCAUCCUGAGCUGACACCAGCCGCUUCAGCCCCAAGACUCUUCUUAGAGCCCACCACUGGGCAUGUUGUGGACAGAGCCACAGGACAAGCCUAUGUUUUACAGCCGAUAACUGUCAAUAAUUAUAAUUAGAUUACUUAGUGUUAGAGUUACAAAUAGGUAAUUUAUUUUGUUAAUAAAAGGACUGUUGAAAUUAA